GGUCAGAGAGCGCAAAGGCGGCUGGCCGUGUACAAAAGCGAUACAGUACUGCAGCAUCCCAGGACAAUGUGACCCUUUAACACCGGAUCACCUUCAUUAGCCAAGUGCAGCGACUCGGAGUCGGAGCAGAGCCGACUGAGCACAGCUAUAACCCGGGGAGAACAGAGUCGAUCAGUCCGGCUGCAGAAUCCAGCAGCACGGCGAGGCGUGUCCUCGAGCCCCUGUGCUGAGUGGAUCAACAUGCGUCAGUGGAGUCUCCGUGCUGUGGCUCCGCGCGCAGAGCCGCUCCCCACGGGUCGCGUGUCCCCGCAGCUCUUAGAUGCCAGGAUGGAGUGUUGUGAUGUGGAGCCACGCUACACAAUUGAGCAGAUCGACUUGCUUCAGCGACUGAGAUUGUCUGGCUUGACCAAACCUCAGAUCCUUCAGGCGUUGGAGUCUCUGGAGAGACUGGAUCCAGAGCACCGUGCACCUUUCUGUGACAAUCACUCAGCCCCUGCCAGGGCACCUACCUCUGCAGCUCCGGCUGCACCCUCCUCCUCAUCGUCCUCUUCCUCCUCCCUCACAUCAGCUACCACUCAGACCCCUGUCCUUGAUGCUGCACUGUCACCCAGCAACAGCUACGAUGCCUCGUCCCCACCCUUGUACCCACAUGGUGGGGUUCAAAGGGCAUUUGCUUAUGACCUGCCUGAAGAGGAGUGGGAUCUGGAGGAGAAGGUUGAGGAGUAUAUGAGGAGGGACAGUAACCUGGUGAAGGAGGAGAUCAAGGCUUUUCUCAACAACAGAAGGAUUUCUCAGGCUAUUGUUGGACAAGUCACAGGUAUCAGUCAAAGCUACAUUUCUCAGUGGCUACUGCAGCAAGGCUUGGAGAUGAGUGACUCCAAGCGCAGGACCUUCUAUCGCUGGUACCUUUUAGAGCGCAACAGCCCAGGGUUCAGAUGGAGUGAAAACCAGCAUGCUCAGGGCCCCAGGAGCAGGACAGAGACCCCCUGGAGUAGACAGAGAGAACUACUGAUGCACCUGCUCCCUUGGUAUUCUGCACAGCAGGUCCAGCAAGGUGCUACUCUUUCAAUGCGUUCUAUGGUUAAAGAAGAACCUGACUGGAGGGUUGCUGGUUGCCAAGGAGACAGGGCAGCUGUGGGUGGGCCUUUCAGACUGAGGAGGGGCAGCCGCUUCACCUGGAGAAAAGAAUGCCAGUCAAUCAUGGAGAGUUUCUUUAUAGAGAAUCAGUACCCAGAUGAAGCUAAACGAGAGGAGAUUGCUAAUGCCUGCAACUCAGUUAUCCAAAAACCAGGUUGCAAACUUUCAGAAUUUGAGAGAGUCACUGCACUUAAAGUGUACAACUGGUUCGCAAACCGCAGGAAGGAGAUGAAGAGACGUGCAAACAUUGAGGCUGCUAUUCUUGAAAGCCAUGGUAUAGAGGUGCCAAGCCCCAGCUGUCAUUCGAAUGGUGAAGAGAUUGAGAGCCAGGAGUAUGGAGAUCAGGUUGUGCAGCGAUUCCCUGAUCAGGAAGAGCUUUCUCAGAGAAAAUUAAGUGAGCUAGAUGGAGCCACGAUGCCUGCUGUGGAAGUAGUGCCUCUUUCAAGCCCCACUGCUCAAAAUGUGGAUCAGAAGAGGGAGGAAUCAAAAAGAGAAGCUGCUGACGAGGAGUGAGCAUCAGGAAGAGUCUGCUUUUAAUUUUAGUGGCUUACGACUGAGCCACUAACCUUCACUCCAGAUAUCUGAGGAUGACGUCUGAGUCUGGCCAGAGACCGACAUUUCUGAUGCCUUUAGUAUUAGUGAGGCAAUUGUAUGUAUCUACAUUAACCAUGCUUGUAGUAAUGGCAAUAUUUAUCUCUAUACACUAUUGUGCAUUCCACAACGGUCUUGCAUCUUUAAGAGUAUGGUGCAAAAUAAUAACCCUUGACCUCAUGCUAAAGCCUGUUUUUCAUCUCUUCAUACGUUUAGUGUUUAACAGAUUAACAAACUACAGAAACCUCAUACAAACAGAAUGAGGCAGUGUUAAGAGGAACCUGCAGGUCAGGUGUUUGGGGGCGAUUAUGGGAUGUGCCAGUUUUGUUGGUGCUUAGGCAAAAUUAGACAGUGUUGAGCUUUCUUUAUUCAUAUGCAAUAGUUCUCAUGUGGUAUAGGACAGUUAUACAACCUGAACAUUAUCUCAGGUAAAGACACAUGUAACAAAGGGAUGGAAAGCCCCAUAUUCACUAAAAAUCAGUAAUAUCACCUCUAAACUUAAGUGUUGGUUAUAGUUUUAUGUACAUGUAUGUACUUGCCAUAUUUUGUCUGUUUUGUCUGUCUUUGUUCUUUAUUUUUAGUAAGCAAAGCUAACAGAAUUACUUAGUUGUAAGUAUGAUCUAGCCAUAAUACCUAAAGAUCAGGAUUUUUUAAUCUCUUUUUAAUAUUAACCACUACUUCAAGCCUAUCUGUACAGUCAUUAAAGAUACUCUAAUGUAUGACUGGUGUUUGGGCUCUAAAUUUUAUUUUAUUAUUAUUAUUUUUUAUCUUUAUGGUUUGCUAUAAGCACCAUUAUUCCUUUUAUAAGCUAAAGCAGUAUGUAUAAACAUGUAUUCAUAAAGUUAGAAUCUAAUGCAAAAUGAUGCUUUCAGGUGGAUAAUCCACUGUUUUCUCUCUGCCUCUCAGAAGCCAAAGCUUUGCCCCAGUAUUCGAAUCAUUCUGUAGGUAUAAGUGGUUACAUGAUGAUGAGUUUAAGAAAAUGUGUGUACUUAAAUAGUGCUCUUAAGUGUGGAAAGAUUUGUAGCUAUAAUCUUUUAAGCCAAGCAGUGUUUGCACGCUGUUAGGAUCUCUCUCUCUCUCUCUCUCUCUCUCUCUCUCUCUCUCUCUCUCUCUCUCUCUCUCUCUCUCUCUCUCUCUCUCUGUCUACAAUUUCCUAAUGACUUAAUUAAAACUAUUAUACAAACAUUA